AUGGAUGGGGUGGAGCACUUUGACCACUUUAGGUCAUCGUAUCCAAUAGACAGAAAAUCUCGAAAAUAUUGGAUGAGGUUGUUCAUCUUCAUGUUCGAUUCCGCUGUUAUAAACGCAUACAUAACUUACAACAUGACUCAUGUAGUGACACCACAUUCACACCGAAACUUUAGACUGAGAUUAACUCAAAGAAGCAAUAUAGACCGACAAUAUUCAAAAAUAAAAAAGGAGGACACUUUGGAGUACCAGAAGAAAUCCGUCUCCUCAACGUCGGUGUGCACUUGCCUGAAGAAUGUGACACAUACAAGAGGUGCAGAUUUUGCAGCACCAUAA